AACCAAACAACAAAACAAUUUGCAAAACUUAACAAACAACCACGACAAAGUAAACAAAGUUAAAAUAACAAAAAACAUGAAAAAACAGUAAAAAAAAACUAUAUAAAUGUUUAAUUUUAAGUAAAACCUACCAGCAGCUCUCGCUCUUAACAAACAAUAACAUAAAAGAAAAACAACAACAAAUUAAAAAAAAAAACGAAAUUUAAAAAAACACACAUUUUUUCAUGUUAAUUUGUAUAAACAAACAACAAAACAUAAAAAAAAAAAUGCUAAAACACCACAAAAGAAAAAAUAUAACAAUUUCAUAAACUUAAACAAACAACAAACAUGUCUCUCUAUUCAAAUUAACAGAAAACCAAAUUAAAAUAAUAUAAUAACAAAACAACAACUUAUAUAAUAAUAAAAACAUAAAAAAUUCGAAAAAAUAAAAUAAAAAACUUUAAAUAACUCAAAAAAAAAAAAAAAAAAAACAAACAAACAAAAAUUCUUGUUUUUAUUUUGUUAAGAGACUAAAAACUGAAGGUAAGUUUCACUUGCAAACACAACAAAAGGUUGGCAACGUUUUAUAGAAUAAAUAAAAUCAUUGUAAAAUUACCGCAAACAGUUUACUAUAUUCUGUUAAAUAAACGAUUUUAAAGUUUUAAAGUGGGUAAAUUUAAGAAAACUAGGUUGAACAUUAAAAUUUUUAAACGGGUAAGUUAUUUAUACUCAAGAUGGUUUAUAAAUAUAAAACUAAUUUUGGAAUUUUCAUCUUAAACUACUGCAGUAGUGUAAAAACAAAAUUCUGUCCGUAAGAAUACAGUCUAAACUCAAAAAUUGACAUUAGAGCAGCUACCAGAGAAUACACAAAAGGCUUUUAGUCAAAACAAUGGUCCAGCUAAAGAAAAAUGUUUGUCUAAGUUGAAGACGAGCAUAUAGUUAAGGCUAAAGGAAAAACCAAAAUUUGUAAUUAUCGAAACCCAUUAAAAUUGUUACUAAACACGAGCAAAGGAAUAACUGAAUAAAAUCAAAAAGUCUAUAACAAUUAAAUGUGCAUCUAAAGUCAAACAUCGGCAGGCUUCACCGGCGUGAACGUUAAACUAACAAUAAAUUUAUAACAAGAAAAAAAGAGAAGAAAAAACUAAAAGUUUUGCUAAUAAAAAAUAAAACUAUUAAAACUGUAAUAACAAGUACUACCAGCUUUUUUUGUUUUGUAAAGAAAUAAAUAACAACUCUACUAAAUUUAACCAAAAAUUUAAAGAAAAAACGUUUAAACAAAUGGCUCCAUAACGUUGCAGUGGCUUUACAGGUGCUUGCACACAAAUAUCCACCACCGCCGCCACCACGCUUCCUCUGCCCACCAUGCAGCAUGAAUUGGAUGUACCACAGCCUUUAGUUGAUCGCAAGCCCUCAGUAUCGCUUUUGAGAUGGAAUAAUGCCAACAAUAGCAGCAGCAAUAUCAACAACAACAACAUCUCCACCACUGCCCACAUCAUCAACUACAACAAUAGCAGCAACAACAUGAAUCUCAACAGCAAUGUCUACAACAGCAGCCAACAGAUUUACACACCUAACAGUAGUAGUUUUAGAAAACAAUCAGACACCAAGGGGGGUACGGGUACGGGUUCGGGCUUGCCAACAACGUCCACUGCUGCUAGGCAAGCUAGUUUUGCCACUGGUGGCGGUGGAGGUGCUGCAGCAGGAGGUACUAAUAAUGGUCUGACAGUAAGCUGUUCUAGAUCAGAGCCCAUAUCAUUGGCCACCCUAGAUCGUGAUUGUUUUAUUAUACCGGUGCACAGUGUAGAUCGUUUUCUGCCCGCUGGCAUACCUUUACCACCCUCCCCCGUUGAAGGAAAUAGCACAAAACCUGCCAGUCCCUUAAGUGUUUUAGAGGUUUCCGAUCCCAAAAUGUGCAUUUUAGUGCACUUAAUGAGUCCUCUAGAACCCAUAGAUCCAGUUUUAGAAUCUCCUUUAGCACAUCCUUUACUCAAGCAGCGAGCUGUUGCUUCAGAGCUUUUGCAAGAAGUGCAACAGGCUAAUACCGCGGUAGGCGGCAUGUUAUUGGCAAACAUGGAGAAAUGCUCUGAGUUUCCUUUUAUCGCUUAUUAUGUUAUAAAUACAACACAAACGGAUCCUUCAAAUUUUUAUACUGGCAUUCGAGUUUCUUCUCUAUCGAAAUUUGAGCCAAAAAAUUUAAAAUACACUGCCGCUCAUACUUUAGACUUGUAUAGCGAAGUGGCCGCUAUAUGUCGUCCACCUUUGACAUUGGCCCCGAAUGAAUCGGGCAGCUUUAAAAAGUCACAAACUCCAGCUACUGGAUAUAUAAUAUCCGUGUUUAAGGUCUUCGAAGGUGAUGAUGGUGAAAGAUUUGAAAAGAAUUGGUUGUACUGGACGGGGGCCAGAAUGUUGUAUAGAUACUUGCCUCGUGCUGCCGGUCUGAGGCGCAUUUCUCUACAUAAAAGUACUUCACAAAAAGGUGAUAAAAUGUAUUUGUUGGUUUGUGAAUGUGCCGAAUUGUUAAAGGACAUAACAUCAGCUGCCGUUUUAAUACCUGCCCUUAGAGCUAGACUAUGUGGCUACACAGGACUUUAUAGACCAAUUCAAGCAUUUUGAGUUUUCAUAUUUUCUACCUCUUUUUAUUUUCUGUUUUUAACUUAAAUUUUUUUUUGUUUUUUUAUUAGAGUCUUAUUUUUAUUUUAUUUUUCAAUAAAAAUAUAUUUAAUUAUUUAGUUGGUAUUUUCUUCUUUUUACUUUAAUUUUUGUAGUGGAACUAAUUUGAAGCUAAAAGAUUGAUUUUGAUUUAUGAAAUGUUUAAAUAGUGUACAAGUUUAAUUCUCUUUUAGUAAAGUUGUAGUUUUGUUCUGGCUCUGUU